GCAAUCUUGUCCACAGCUCCACAAGCCACCACAUUCACUGCCACACACACACGCACUCUCUCUCUCUCUCUCUCUCUGUGGACUGCGGUUGAGUUUCUUUGGUACCAAAAAUGUCGUCAGCUGUGGUUGCUGGUGGUUCAUCUUCUUCUUGUUCUGCUACCAUCAACAGGCAAUGCCACUCCAUCAAGACUCCUGCAAUCCUCCCUUCAAAGCCAUUGCCAUCCUCACAAUCCCAGAAAACUACCUUCCAAGGGCUGUCACUUCAAGAGGUGAAAAGGGGUGUCUCAGAUUCCUUUAUAGCUCAAAAUAGAAGCGGUGGUUUCACCAGCGUUAGAAAGCUAAAUAUCAAAGCCAGAACUGCUGGGGCUUCAAAGACCAUUGAAGCUGACGUUGACAAGCCAUUAGGCCUCACUUUGGGUCAAAAGUCUGGUGGUGGUGUUAUCAUCACUGCCGUUGAUGGAGGUGGCAAUGCUGCAAAGGCAGGACUAAAGGCAGGGGACCAAGUCCUCUACACUAGCAGCUUCUUUGGGGAUGAAUUAUGGCCAGCAGACAAAUUGGGAUUCACUAAAACUGCUAUCCAAGCAAAGCCAGACUCUGUCUACUUUGUUGUUAGCAGAGGUGCAGAUGUAGAUGUUAAACGACUACCAAAACGUCCUGCUCCUCCCCGGUUUGGAAGGAAACUAACUGAGGCUCAAAAGGCUAGAGCUACACACAUAUGCCUUGACUGUGGAUACAUAUACACAUUGCAGAAACCUUUUGAUGAGCAGCCGGAUGGAUAUGUAUGCCCUCAGUGUCAAGCACCAAAAAAGAGGUUUGCAAGAUAUGACGUGAACACUGGAAAACCAAUUGGUGGAGGAUUGCCUCCGAUUGGGGUCAUUAUUGGUCUGGUGGCUGGUAUUGGUGCAGUUGGAGCUCUGCUUGUUUAUGGUCUUCAAUGAUCUUGUUACCUGUAUAAAAUCACGCGUUUAUAGUCCUUUUUAUCUUUGGUUCCUUAUCGGUUGAUUACAAUCAGCCUUGUCUUCUGGGCUUUAUAAGUAUAUGUAUUUGACACUGCCUGUUUAGUUAAUCAAAUGUUGCAAAAAGUUUUCUUGA